UACUGGUAAGACACAAAAGAUUACCAUCACCAACGAUAAAGGUAGAUUGUCCAAGGAAGAUAUUGAAAGAAUGGUUAACGAAGCCGAGAAGUACAAGGAAGACGAUGAAAAGGAAGCCUCUAGAGUCCAAGCCAAGAACCAAUUGGAAUCAUACGCUUACUCAUUGAAGAACACCAUCAAUGACGGUGAAUUGAAGGACAAGAUUUCCGAAGAGGACAAGGAGAAGUUGUCCAAGGCUAUUGAGGAGACUGUUACUUGGUUGGAUGGAUCUCAUUCAGCCUCCACUGAUGAGUACACUGACAAGCAAAAGGAAUUGGAGUCAGUUGCUAACCCAAUCAUUAGUGGAGCUUAUGGCGGUGCUGCUGGUGGUGCCCCAGGUGCUGGUGCUGGAGGAUUCCCAGGUGGAGCUCCAGGCGGUGCCCCAGGUGGUGACGCAGGCGGUGCAUCAGGUGGUCCAACUGUUGAAGAAGUUGAUUAG